GCCCGUCGCCCAUUUGUCGGUGCGCUAGGCCCAACUGGUGUAGGCAUGGGAUAGCUCCAUCGCAAGACCAGAACCUCACGCGCGCCUUUGACAGAACAGGCGACGUGACACCCUUCCGCAACAGCCAAUCGAAAUGUUUAUUGCAUUUUUAUGGUAACAGAUAAGCCCUAAUCCAUUGCGUCUAUUACAUCAUCGCGCAUCGGUUAUUUGCGGCAGCCACCGAUCCUAAGUCGCCGACGGACCCCGAAAGUCUCUAUCACCGUCUCCGUCUCCAGACGCAGCAAGCAUCAUGUCUUACGAACCUCGAGGCGAUCAAGGCGACAGAGGAGGAGCGCAAGGUGGUGAUGGCGCAAUCAAAGUAAGAGGUCGACGUGAGUAAAGAACCUUCGUGCUGCCAUAGACAGCUAGCUAACCGCCAUCACUAUCGCAGGACCUGUCACAGACUAUAGCGCCACGAUCCUCCAUUGGCAGCGCGACAGAGUGCCCAAUUACAAGGGCUCAUACACUGGUGAAUAUGAGAGACCUAGCGCCAGUUAUAUUGUCGAUAUGCUGCCUCCCGUCGCUCGUCCCGCCUACCCAGCCGAUACGAUUCCUGUUAAGCAUCUACACUCCUCCCUAAACAAAAUUAAGCAUCCCGUCAACGUAGUCCGUUGGACUCCCGAAGGUCGUCGCCUGUUGACAGCCUCAACAAGCGGCGAGUUCACCCUGUGGAACGGCACCGGCUUCAACUUCGAAACAAUUAUGCAGGCGCACGACUCUGCGAUUCGCGCCCUCGAAUAUUCACAUAGCGACGAUUGGCUGAUUUCGGCUGACCACGACGGUCUCAUCAAAUACUGGCAGCCCAACUUUAACAACGUUCAGAGCAUCAACGCCCACGCAGACUCCAUUCGAGAUCUUGCCUUCAGCCCCAACGAUUCGAAAUUCGUAACAGCUUCUGACGAUGCCACGCUAAAGGUGUUUGACUUUGCCCUUGGUACAAUGGAAUCGAAGUUAGAGGGACACGGCUGGGAUGCCAAGUCGGUGGAUUGGCAUCCGACAAAGGGUCUCCUAGCGUCCGGUUCCAAGGAUCACUUGGUUAAACUUUGGGAUCCCAGGAGCGGUCGCUGCUUGACAACACUACAUGGCCAUAAGAGCACCAUUACCAAGGUCUUAUUUGAAAAGGUCCAAGGUAGCUGCCUGGCCACAUCGGCCAGAGACCAGACUGCCCGAGUCUUCGAUCUGCGCAUGAUGCGUGACAUCUGCCUGCUCAAGGGACACGAAAAGGACAUUUCCACAUUAACAUGGCAUCCUAUCCACGCAAAUCUCCUAUCUACUGGUGGCAUGGACGGUGCUCUCUUCCAUUAUCUCCUCGACUCCCCUAAUACUCCUGCUGGCCAGCCACUUACUGUUGCGCCUUACGACAGCCCUGAUCCUACCAAUACCCCGGCCCAGUCGAUUUGGCCCAUGCAUAAAAUCUCCUUUGCUCACGACUAUGCCAUCUGGUCGCUGGACUGGCACCCUCUCGGUCAUAUCCUAGCAUCAGGCUCCAAUGACCGUAUAACAAGAUUCUGGACCAGAGCUCGCCCCGGCGACACCGAGGUGUUCCAAGACCGAUACCACAUUGGCGAGGCUGCAGCGGAAGCCCAAGGCACAUGGGACCGCCGCGGUAACCGUCGCCAGCGCCAGGAGGAAGAGCAACAGGAGAUGGAAGAUGAGAUGGAGGCCCUUGUUGAUCAAGAUGCGCCAAAGCCACAAGUACCCGCCGGUCUGCCUGGCCUUCCAGGUCUAUCCGGCGUUCCUGGUAUUCCUGGUCUCCCUCUUGGUGCACCUGGUAUUCCAGUGCCUGGAAUUGGUGGUAUUCCUUUCCCGCCACCACCCAUCCCUGGUGUUGGUGCCAAUGGCGUUCUUGCGCCGCCGUUCCCAUUCCCAGGCUUGAAUGGCGCUCCUCCUCCACCGCUACCCGGCCUGGAUCCCAACAACCCUCCCAACCCAGCCCAGCUUCUCGAAAUCAUGAAGAAGGCAGGUAUUCCUUUACCUCCUCCGGGUGCCUUGCCGCCGGGUGGUCUACUCCCUGGUCUGAUCCCUCCGCCUGGGGGAGCCAACGGUAUGCCCUUCCCGCCACCACCUCCACCACCGCAGUCCGCGCCGAUGAGCCAUGGCGAUAGUAGUGACGCAGCACGUCGCCGUGCUCCCCUACCAAGUCAAGAAGAGAGCUUGCGGCAUGAACAACGGCAAGGAAAAUAUACCAAAAUACGAUAAGACGAUUUCGUACCCUAUUAGUGCCGAUACCUAGUGUUUUUGUAUGUAUUAUAGAAGCGUCUUGUCACGAUUAUGUAAAAGAAUAGAUGUUCAUUUUGUAUGGGAAAUUUAUGAUUCUAUUUGAUGCUAUUAAUAUUGUUACAUGCUCGUUGUGUGCAUAUCAUAUCGGUGUAACCGAUGAAACAAAAGUAAAUAGAGGAAAAGAAGAACGGCGCGCCUCGGCGCUGAAUUAUCGAACAAUAUGGUUCCACCUGCUCAAUGCACGAGUAUCUGUCCUAUAGUCAUACACCCUCAUUUACUCAGCCAGUAUAUGUCGAGUCAUUAGUUUCCUCCAGUAAUAGCCUUCUUAUCACCCUUGCCAAAGGCCUUCUGGCGAUCAGCAUAAUCUCGGAUGACAAGAGAGCAAGUGGUGUCAGAGCAGAGUCGUUUUCUUCGCUGAACAGGGAGCUUAGUGGCAAACUCGAGUCCAGAGGCUCGUUCAACAGCCUCAACGGGGACUUCAAAAUCGGUAAUAGGCUUAUCGUUGGAGAUGGGUGCGUUGGGAAGUACAAAGGCGCCAAUAGCGACGUUGCCUCCCGCACGGCCGUCCUCAGCAAAGAUGACCUUGUAAAAGUGCGUGGGUACGGCAACGGAUGGUGGGCUACCAAUCAUCUCGUACUUGACGUACCACUUGUUAUCGACGGGGUCCUUGCGGGGAAGGUAGAGGGGUCCGGUAACGAUGCGGACCGAAGGAUAUCGCUGCGUCAAGCGACGGCAAAAGUCCUCAAAAUGUGCCCAGUAGUCUCGGUUGAAGCCCUCGCCAACUUGAGGGCACAUGUUGCUGAGAUAAAAGGUGUCAUCCAUGGCCUUUUGGGACCACUUGGCGUCAGCGGCAGGAACCUGAUGGCCACGGUCGUAUCCGCUGCGGUAGUAGUCCUUGAGGAGGCCUCGGAACUUGGUCGGGAUGGCGUCGUCCUCGACAAAGUUGCUGUGUUUGCGGUCUGCGUCGCGCUUGGCAAGCGAGGCGGGGGUUAUGUGCUCGACAACCCACUGGGGGUUUCGCAUGCGGCGGUCAUAGCUCGAAAUAAGAGCUGAUCUGGCAGCAACGUCAGAGAUGGGGCCGGGGAAGCCAUAUUCGAAGAGACCAGCAGGGUCGACGGGGCUGGUGAGAGCGUUGGGGGCGGUAGGGGCGAAGACUUGGGUAGGAGGAAUGGCGGAGGAGACUCCAGUAGGAGCUUGAGCGGUAGUGGCAGUAGGUUGUCUGGCGAUUUCGGGCUUCUUGUCAGAGCGCAUUGAAAAAACGGCAGCCGUGAUGGCGGCGCCGCCUCCAGCGCUGAGGGCGGCAAUCAUGGCAAGAGAAGACUUUGACAUGAUGGGCUAAUAGGAAUGGCCGCACGGUGUGCUGGCUGUGGCGGUUAUAUAUAUGAAAAUCGAGAAUAAAGGGUAUGGAAAGCUGUGCUGCGAUGCGUGGCGGAAGAUCGUCAGGCGGCUGUCUGCGAGGUUCGAUGGCGAGGAACGUGGUCGAGCGUCUGUUCUGUUUGGCGAUGAUGCUGUGGCCACGAGGCAGAGAGCUAUCGUCCCGUGUGCAAGAUGGUCUGAUAGCGAGGGAAAAGGUACAGAUGCUGCGUCCACAGGGCUGACAAACGAUGCAAAGCUCAAGCGUGUCGUCGGGAGUCGGGGCGUGACUUUUGCUAGGUGGAGUCGCGCU